AUAAAAGAUGUUGUCGUCCUGAAACAGGGAAUAUCAUCAUGGAAAGAAGAAGCUCCUUUGGCUCAUUGAUUGCUUCCAAGCAUCUUAAAAUUACAACUAGACAGAGAACAAAGCAUGAGAGCAUUUAUUUUUGUUUUAGUAGUGGGAUUCUCAUUCACCACACCACACCACCAACUCAAUUUCAUGUACACUACCCCUAUUGCCAUUGGACCCAAAAUUCACCUUUCCAGUUCCAAUUCCCAAUCCCUUUUUUUUUCUUGGGAAAAGUUUCUUUUUUGGGUCUGAAUGCUUUGUGGGUCCCCAACACUAAGCCAGCAGCAUUUCCAGAUUAUCAUGAUGAUGCUGAUUAUUAUCUAAAUGUCGUAUUUCUUGAUGAUUCAUUCUGAACUACUUCAACAGACUGGCUAGACAAGAAUCAACUAAAGGAGGUGAAGGAUUACUGGGAGCGUCUUGCUUGAACAUUAGAGGAGAUCACAUGGCUGAAACCUUUUCCAUUACUCAUCUUUAUCUAAUGCUAUCAGUUUAUUUUCUUGUGCUCCUAUCCUUGUCCAGCAGCUGCUUUGGCUCCAAUAUGCCCGAUGUUGAAGGUGAAGCUUUAAUAGAAUUUCGAACAGCUCUGAAUGAUUCCAAUCGUAAAACUGCAGAUUGGAACUAUAAUUUUGUCAGCCCCUGUUUCAGUUGGUCUCAUGUUACAUGUAGAAAUGGAAACGUGAUAUCCUUGAGCCUGGCUUCUAGUGGAUUUUCAGGAACUCUUUCACCAGCAAUAACAAAAUUAAAAUAUCUGGUUAGCCUGGAUCUACAUGAUAAUAAUCUUUCUGGUCCAUUGCCCGAUUUUCUUGGAAGCAUGUUAAAUAUUCAGAAUUUAAAUCUGGCAUACAAUAACUUCAAUGGCUCUAUUCCAGCCGAUUGGGGUCAACUUUACAACCUGAAACAUUUGGUGAUGAGUGGUAAUCACUUAAGUGGACCUAUCCCAGAAUCGCUUCUAAACAUCUCGGGCUUGUUGGAACUGAAUCUUUCGUCCAACAAUUUGUCAGGAAGAAUACCUACAGAAUUGUUUUCAAUUCCCAGCUUUGACUUCACAGGGACGCAUCUUACAUGUGGAAACAAUUUCCAGCACCCUUGUGUUCCAAAUCCCUCCACCCGAGUUUCUACUAAAAAUGCAAAAUUUGAAGUUGCCAUUAUUGUAGCAAGCAUAUGUGCAUUUGCUCUCCUGUUACUUGGGGCUGUCUUUGCCCACAGAUUCCAUCGGAUGCAUAAACUGAAGCCUGAUGUAUUUUUCGAUGUGGCAGGUGAAGAUGAGAGCAAAAUUUCCUUUGGACAAGUCAGAAGGUUUUCCUUGCGGGAAAUACAGCUAGCAACAGAGAAUUUCAGUGAAAGCAACAUUAUUGGACAAGGGGGCUUUGGAAAAGUAUAUAAGGGUAUCCUUUCAGACAACACGAGAGUUGCUGUGAAACGCCUAAUGGAUUAUCGUAUUCCUGGUGGAGAGGCUGCAUUUUCAAGGGAGGUUCAAUUGAUAAGUGUUGCAGUUCACAAAAACUUGCUUCGGCUAAUUGGGUUUUGUACAACCUCGACAGAGAGAAUUCUUGUUUACCCAUUUAUGCAGAACCUCAGUGUUGCAUAUCGCUUAAGAGAUUUAAAACCCGGAGAGAAAGGCCUGGACUGGCCAACAAGAAAGCGGAUAGCUUUUGGUGCAGCCCAUGGCCUAGAGUACCUUCAUGAGCAUUGCAACCCUAAGAUUAUUCACCGUGAUUUGAAGGCUGCAAACAUCCUUCUAGAUGAUGAUUUUGAAGCUGUCCUAGGAGAUUUUGGAUUAGCAAAACUAGUCGACACAAACCUCACACACAUUACCACUCAAGUACGUGGAACAAUGGGACACAUUGCCCCUGAGUAUUUGUCUACAGGAAAAUCUUCUGAAAAGACGGAUGUGUUUGGAUAUGGUAUUACUCUGCUAGAACUAGUAACUGGUCAGCGUGCAUUAGAUUUCUCCCGGCUUGAUGAGGAGGAGGAGGUUCUACUGCUGGAUCAUAUCAAAAAAUUACUAAGAGAGGAAAAGCACCAGGACAUUGUUGACGGGAACUUGAACAGUUAUGAUCUCGAAGAAGUCAAGACAAUUCUCCAAGUUGCAAUGCUUUGUACCCAGAGUUCACCAGAAGAUCGUCCUAGAAUGGCAGAUGUUUUGAGCAUGUUGCAGGGAGUCGGUUUGGCCGAGAGAUGGGCAGAGUGGGAACAACUUGAAAAAGUAAGAUAUCAAGAAUUUUCCCUAUUGUCCCACCAGUUCAUUUGGGCUGAAGAUUCUACUUAUGGCCAAGAAGCUAUACAAUUGUCACAAGCUAGAUAGAAGUUUUUUCACCAUGAUAGCCGGGUGUUUUAUAUUUUACUUGUUUUUAUAUAUACCUUUUACGAUUUAGUUCAAAGUAUUAGCUUUGGACAUAGUUAAUAUAUACUACGAGUACCUGUCCAUAUCCGUUAUCAAGAAUUUUCAGGCUUACCCAUUAUUGCCUUAUCUUUUAUAACAAAUGAAUUAAACAGUGUUCUUUUUAUGUUUGACA